AUUAAACCAAAGUACAGAGAAAACCAAUUCACACGAGCCCAUCGUGCAUCCAAAUCACCUCUCCCAAACGAAUCCGGUCAUCCUCAGCCACAUCUGCAGAAGAACCAAAAGAUCCUCGCAAUUCCGUCCCAAACCAACUAGUUAAAUGCGACAUACCACCACCACACGUGUACACCUUAACAGGGGCACAGCCUCUACGUUUCUUUCAUGAUGGCAAGAACUCAGUCGAGAGGUAUUACGCUCUGCCGCCAUGCUCCAAUACCCUCCACCACCAAUUAUGAUUUCCCAAGCAACCGACGUCCCCGUUCAUCCUCAAUCCAUUACUUCCCCCAAGAACGAGAAAACGAAGCCGGAUUUCAUUCCAAGAAGAAGAAACGACGCCGUUGCCUUGGAAAUGGACAAACCUGAACCACGCCACUUCAGAUCGCGUGGUUCCCCUAUAUGCAAAGCAUCCACCAUCCAAUCCGUUUCUUUACUAAGAAUGGCUCCUCAUCUUAUACCCCUCGCAGAGAUUUCGACUGUCACUCUUCUAUACAAAGUCAAGCGCCUGAUCACGAUUGCAUCUCGAAAGCCUUCAAUGACACGAUAUCGCUGAUCCGCAACGACAUCACCAAACCUCAAGACGUCCAUCUCUUCUUGAGACUGGUGGAGUGCAUGGUGCCAUCCACCAUGCAGCAGGUCCCGAGCUACUGCAAGAGUGCGACACCCUCAUAAGCCACCUAAGACUGUCACAGCUCAGAACAUUCCACAGCGCUGUCCAAAGAACAAGGCUUCAGAUGGAAAGACCUUGAAAUGCAGAGGUCCCACAGAGAC